AUGUCUGAAGGAGAAUGGCGUAUGGGUACACCCUUCUAUCUAAAGCCAUAUACCGAACUGAACUGAAGUGAAGUCUGAUCUGACGUUGACGUAGUGGCAUGGUGGCAAUUGCGAAUUGCGACUUGCUAUUAUUUGUGCAUUAAGGUUGCUUUUCUUCUUUGGGCGCAGCAAUAAUAAAUUCCAUAUCGAGAAUAUCUGACUUGCGAAAGUUGAUGUACUAUGAAUCGAUUGGAUGAUCCUCCGGGACUCAUGAAAGGCAGAAAACCAUCUUUUAUUGGGAUGAACGGGGCACCGGAAACGGAUGAUCAGCAACGUUUACGAUUCCAGAUCGAACUAGAAUUUGUACAAUGUCUUGCCAAUCCGAAUUAUCUCAAUUUUUUAGCGCAACGUGGCUACUUUAAAGAGGUACCAUUCAUCAAUUACCUGAAGUAUCUAUUAUACUGGAAGGAACCUGAGUAUGCCAAGUACUUGAAAUAUCCUAUGUGCCUGUACUUCCUGGAUUUGCUGCAGUAUGAACACUUUAGACGGGAAGUCGUGAAUUCUCAAUGCACCAAGUUCAUCGACGAUCAACAGAUUCUAUUGUGGCAGCACUAUACGAGACGUAGGACCAGACUUCUGCAAACGGCCACUGAGCAAACGCAACAUGUCAAUCCUCAGAACAAUGGCAUCGCGCAACCUAAGGUUCCCUGAAUUUGUAGCUUUAAUGAUGUUUGUCGUUAACUUAAACAUCUCGAUAGCGUAGCAUAUUUAAAAAAUAGAGUUGACACUCGACAUCCGUUUCCGUUUUCCUUUUCCCUUUUAUAUAUAUAAUGUAUGUACGAUGGUUCCUCUUGUGAGAACUGAUUUGCUCGACUGUGAUAACUCAUGAAUGAAGUACAUUUUUUUAUCUUUUUCAUCAUUACCUCAAGUCAUGGCUCUUGUCUCUCAUGUUUCUCAUUUCAGCUUUCAAAAAUACAAUUGAGAAAGGGUGAUAUCUGCAUUGAAAAUGUCUAUUUCUCUCUAACGCUCAGUCUUGUUACAUCAAUUGUUACAUAUUAUGUAUAUACUUAGACGUAAUCUCUCAAAAUAUGAUAGAACUGAACAGUUAUUCGUAUACUUCAACAAACUCCCACAUAAGUAGCUUCCAAAUUGCGUUUAUGUCUACAUUAAGUUCCAAAAGUUAUCCGCGUCGCAUGCGUUACAUACAUCGCUUCGCAAUGGAGGCGUGGGUCUGGUCUCCGCCGUUUAGUCAUCCUGGAUUUUCUCUUAUUCUUAAAUAUAUUUACGUUACAUUCUGUACGCGCAACAUUAAAAUAAAUACUAUU